AUGAACUACAGCGUUUUCCCCGGAGCUGUCUAUCCAGGUUCCUACUGGGGCAGUUGUGGCUACCCCUUGGGCUAUAGUGUUGGCUGUGGCUAUGGCAGCACCUAUUCACCAUCAUGCUAUGGCUUUGGCUAUGGAUACAAUGGUUGUGGACCAUAUGGCUACAGAAGAAACUGGCCUUUUGGACUCUACUGA